GCGAGCGCCGGGGUCAUAGAGAGUGGCGGGCCUGAGAGGCGCCGGGCGGAAGCGAGUGCCGGGGCCAUAGAGAGUGGUGCGGCGCGGGACGGAGCGGCACGGCGUGGAGGCGAGGGGCGGCCGGUGCCUGCGCUGGCGGGUUUGUUUCCGGAGCACAGGGACGAUGCUGUGGAAAGGAGCUGCUUAACCUCCCACAAUGCCCUUUUCUGACUUUGUCUUAGCAUUGAAGGACAACCCAUACUUCGGGGCUGGCUUUGGCCUUGUUGGGGUGGGAACUGCCCUGGCAUUAGCCCGGAAAGGGGCCCAGUUUGGUCUGGUGGCUUUCAGGCGCCAUUAUAUGAUCACCUUGGAGGUGCCCAGCAAGGACAAGAGCUACCACUGGCUGCUGAACUGGAUCUCCCACCAUGCCAAGCACACGCAGCACCUCAGUGUCGAGACAUCAUACCUGCAGCAUGAAAGCGGACGUGUCAGCACCAAGUUCGACUUUGUCCCCAGCCCUGGGAACCAUUUCAUCUGGUAUCGCAGGAAGUGGAUUCGCAUCGAGCGUAACCGGGAGAAGCAGAUGAUUGACCUGCACACUGGGACCCCCUGGGAGUCCGUCACCUUCACUGCGCUGGGCACUGACCGGGAGAUCUUCUUCAAUAUCCUCCGAGAAGCCCGGGAGCUGGCACUGCAGCAGCAGGAGGGGAGGACCAUCAUGUACACUGCCAUGGGAGCAGAGUGGCGGCAGUUCGGCUUCCCCCGCCGCCGCCGGCCUCUCAGCUCGGUUGUUCUGGAGGAAGGUGUGUCAGAGAAGCUGGUCCAGGAUGUAAAGGAGUUCAUCGACAACCCUAAGUGGUACAGCGAGAGAGGGAUCCCCUACCGAAGAGGCUACCUGCUGUAUGGUCCUCCUGGCUGCGGGAAAAGCAGCUUCAUCACAGCCCUGGCCGGGGAGCUGCAGUACAGUAUCUGCCUGCUGAGCCUCAGCGACCGCAGCCUCUCCGAUGACCGGCUCAAUCACCUCCUGAGUGUGGCACCGCAGCAGAGCAUCAUCCUGCUGGAGGAUGUGGAUGCUGCCUUUGUCAGCCGGGACCUCGCUGCUGAGAACCCGGCUGUGUACCAAGGCAUGGGGCGCCUGACCUUCAGCGGCCUCCUCAAUGCACUGGAUGGCGUCGCCUCCACAGAGGCCAGGAUCGUCUUCAUGACCACCAACUAUGUGGACAGGCUGGACCCAGCCCUGGUGCGGCCCGGACGUGUGGAUCUCAAGCAGUACGUGGGCCACUGUUCCCGCUGGCAGCUUGCCUGCAUGUUCCAGCGCUUCUAUCCUGAGCAGCCCCUGGCAGCAGCCGAGCAGUUUGCAGAGCAGGCACUGUCCGUCUCCAAACAGAUCAGUGCUGCCCAGGUGCAGGGCCACUUCAUGCUCUACAAGACAGACCCCAAAGGAGCCAUCUCAAACGUACACUCCAUCCCGUUGUGACCAGGGGCCAGCUUUCCCCUGCCAUACUGAGAAGACUGGGAUAAGAAAAUGACCAUUCCGGGGAUGCCGUGAAGCUGCCCAGGCAUGCAGGCCAGGUCUCUGUUCACCUCUGCCCCUCCAAGGCCGUGGCGUUUUAUUGAAACACAGAGAGUCAGAGCUGCCAGCGUUGCAGCAGGGAGAGGGGAUUGGCUCUGGCUGCUCCCCAGGCUUGGGUGCUACUGCGCCAGCCCCGCUCGCCAACGCGUGCCUCCUGCUGGGAUUGCUAUAAGCCAUCAAGGCUCUGGAAUUACCUUCCUUGAGGGGCAGCUUGGGGGUCCCCCAGGGGGUGUUUCCCUGGGGCAGGGCAUAGGGGUGCUACACCACUAAAGAGCUGCAGGUCUUUGUCGGGACAACAGUCUUCACUGGUUUGUGAAUAUCCUCUGUGAAGUGCACAACACGGCUCUUGGCUCUCUAAUGCCUUUGCCCAUUAGUUGCCCCACUAUCCAGCUGCUGGUCCAGAGGCCUCCUGACCACGGCCUGGCAUGGCCAGCACUGCAAAGCCAGUGUUUCAGAAACAAAGCAGCUCCCAGCAGGCAGCUCGUUGUUCCUCAGGCUGCAGGCUGGUGCCACAGCUCCUGCCCCACCCGUGUGAUGUCAAGUCACAGAUCUGCUUGGACUUCUGGGUGGGCAUGACUGUCCCUCCUGCCAGAGGGGGUGACCCUGGAGCUACUGCAGGCCUACCUGUUGGAGCAGAUGAGAGGCUUCGGCUGGUUACGGAAUAUCUUCCCAAGAGCUUGAUGUUAACCUCAACGUGAAUUUCAGCAGCCAGGCCAGCCCAGGGCAGGUACAGAAAUCCUUAUUGGAGGUGACUGUGCCUUUCCUCCUGUAAGGAGGCCCUGUGUGGCUGAAGGAAGGAUUUGUCCUGCUGCUCUCAGACUCGCAGCCUUUUCCCUGUUAUUUGUCUUCCUUCCAACCAAGGACAGAAGUCCUGGAUGGGCUGGUAGAGCCACAGGUGCCUGAAAUGCAAUGGAGAGGGGGUGGGGGGUCUCAUCCUGGCAGGUUUUGCACCUUCCUCCUAGUGCUACAGAACCCAGGGGUGAGGUUCAUGCUGACCCACAGAACAAUGCAGCCAGA